AUGGGGAUAUCCACUCGAGAGCUGUUCCUCAACUUCACUAUUGUCCUGAUUACCGUUAUUCUCAUGUGGCUCCUUGUGAGGUCCUAUCAGUACUGA